UAUGACUGGAGCACCCGUCCCCACCGCCAGUUGACCCCCUCUGCUCCGGCGACACCGAUCCCCCGCCCUCCUCUCCCGGGCGGCGAAAUGGCGCCGUGUUGCCCUGCCGAAUCUACCAAGCCGGCCUUCAUCGGGAUCUUCGGCGCCAUCGUCGGCGGAUUCGCCGUCUCCGCUGUUUUCUUCCUCCUUUCUUUCUCAUCUAUCACCGCCCCCGCGCUCCCCUUCCCGGUCGUCACCGCCACCACCACCAACCUCUCUGCUCUCUCCACCCCCGCCCAGCCGGAGACCAUGUACAACCGCCCUAUCUGGAAAUCCCCGGCUCGGGGGUCGCGGAUGCCUUCGCCGCGCGCGUUCCGCCUCACCCGCGACAUGGUGCGCGCCCGCGCCCGCGAUGGGGUCAUCGUCGUCACCUUUGGCAACUACGCCUUCAUGGACUUCAUCCUCACCUGGGUGCGCCACCUCACAGGCCUCGGGGUAGACAAUCUCCUUGUCGGCGCCAUGGACACCAAGUUACUCCGGCAACUCUACCUCACGGGCGUGCCCGUCUUCGACAUGGGCAGCAGGAUGGUCACGGAGGACGUUGGCUGGGGGUCCCCCACCUUCCACAAGAUGGGCAGGGAGAAGGUGCUGCUCAUCAAUGAGCUCCUGCCCUUCGGGUACGAACUGCUCAUGUGCGACACGGACAUGGUGUGGCUCAAGAACCCGUUGCCAUAUCUCGCCCGCUACCCCAAUGCGGAUCUGCUCACCUCCAGCGACCAGGUCAUACCCACAGUCACCGACGACAGCCUGGAGAACUGGAGGGAAGUAACUGGGGCAUAUAAUAUUGGUAUUUUCCAUUGGCGACCCACUGAACCUGCUAAAAGGCUGGCAAAAGAUUGGAAAGACCUUGUCAUAUCUGAUGAUAAGAUAUGGGACCAGAAUGCUUUUAAUGAUCUCGUACACAAAGUUUUUGGACAACCUGUUCAAGGAGAAGAUGAACUUGUCUACUCAUAUGAUGGAAAAUUGAAGCUUGGAGUCCUACCAGCAAGUAUAUUCUGCAGUGGCCAUACCUACUUUGUGCAGGGCAUGCAUCAGCAGCUUCGGCUAGAACCAUAUGCCGUGCACACUACUUUCCAGUAUGCAGGUACUGAAGGAAAGCGCCAUAGAUUAAGGGAGGCAAUGCUUUUCUUUGAUCAACCAUCUUAUUAUGAUUCACCAGGAGGUUUCCUAUCAUUUAGGCCUAAUAUUCCCAAACGAAUGCUGUUAGAUGGUGCCCAUACCAUUGAAUCUCAUUUUGCGUUGGUCAAUUACCAGAUGAAGCAAAUAAGAACGGCGUUGGCUAUGGCUUCCUUGUUAAAGCGGACCCUGGUAAUGCCUCCAUUAUGGUGCAGGCUUGAUAGGAUGUGGUUUGGGCAUCCUGGAGUUAUGGAAGGCACAAUGACUAGACAACCUUUUCUCUGUCCAAUGGAUCAUGUAUUUGAGGUACAUGUUAUGCUGAAGGACUUGCCUGAGGAGGAAUUUGGGCCACGUAUUGAUUUCAGAGAAUAUACAUUUCUUGAGAAUCCAUCAUUGCCUAAACAGGUGAAAGAGUCGUUUCUUGAGGUGCGGCUCUGCAAUGAGCAUAGCACCAGAUGCUCCACAGCCAAUGGAACCAAUAAACACAGAGCCCUUCUAUUGCCAAGGAAUAGCACCGAACAAAUGCUUUUGGAUGUCUUUUCAUCGUAUAAGAAUGUCAAGAUCAUACAUUUCUCGUCUAUGGUUGAUGGCUUCAGAGGUUUUGCUGAUGCGGCUGUGGAGACGCAGUUUCGGAAUCGCGUGAAGAGGUAUACAGGCAUAUGGUGUUGUGUCGAGUUCCGUGAAAUUGGGCACAUAUACUAUGACAUGUACUGGGAUGAUAAACCAGGUUGGAAGCCACACCCCCCACAGAAUAGGGAAGAGGACCAUCCACCUUGGGCCUGAAUUUUGAGGUCGGACAAUAGAUCAACCAUGAAAAGGGAUGACAUUCUGUGAUGAAGGCAAGAUAGGUCCCGCAUUACUGCAGGUUCAUUUUUAACUCCAGAGCAGGCUGCUCCUAUCCGUUGGAAAAAAUUGCUUACUUGAGAAAACAUUUGACUUCCAGUUUUGUAGGCCUGUUCUGUAGAUUAAUUCACUACUGUUCAGUCUGCCCCUUGACCUGUACCCCCUCUGUAAACUAAUAUGAAAGCGUUUAGAUCACUUUUUAGUGAUCUAAACGCUCUUAUAUUAGUUUACAGAGGGAGUACUUCUUAUCACAUAUGUCCAGAAAAGUUUUCAUGAUAUAGCGUGAGACAACAUUUAAGGUAAUGAUUUGACUAAAAGCAUGGCAUCAUGUUCAUAGCCCUCUCAGGCUCUUCA